GAAAUACCUUUUUUUCUUAAGAAACGUUACUAAUACAACUUAACUGCAACUUAUCGCACCGGUUCACUCCACCAGUAUCUUGUUAUUGUUUAGUUUUAAAUGCAAGAUAAACAAAAUUAAGCAACAAAUUAAAAAUUAAACAAAGAAGGAGAAUUUGCACAACCAAGAGAAUGAAUCAGGCUUGUGGAAUUGUGUCCGUGGCAAAAAUGACCACAGAACGGCAUGCUGCGGAAUACAAUAUGAAACACAAGGAUCGAGGAUUGGCCUUGAUCUUCAACCAUGAACAUUUUGAUUCGUCCGAGUUGUCUACGCGCACUGGCACCAAUGUGGACUGUAAGAAUUUGGAGCAUGAGCUCCAAAAGCUGUAUUUCACCGUUGUCGUGCAUACGAAUUGCAAAUAUAAGGAAAUUCUGGAAACUGUUCAAAAAGCGGCGUCCCAGGACCACACCAACAGUGAUUGCAUCCUGGUGGCCAUACUGUCACAUGGCAAAAUGGGCUUCAUUAAUGCCAAGGACAAGGAGUAUAAACUGGACUCUAUCUGGAGUUGCUUUACAGCCGACCGCUGUCCCACAUUAGCUGGGAAACCAAAGUUGUUCUUCAUUCAAGCCUGUCAGGGUAAAAGUUUCGAUGAUGGAACCAUGCUACGUACCGAUCACAUUGAAACCGAUGGUGAAUCAGCAACAAACUACAGAAUACCCAAUCAUGCAGACUUUCUUUUUGCUUACUCCACCAUCCCGGGCUUCUAUGCGUGGCGCAAUCAGUUACAAGGAAGCUGGUUCGUGCAGGCCCUGUGCGCCGAAUUGGCCACCAAUGGCAAACGGCUGGACAUCCUGACAUUGCUCACAUAUGUUUGCCAACGGGUGGCGAUCGACUUUGAAUCCUACAAUCCGAAGAUACCCGCAUAUAAUGAAAAGAAGCAGAUUCCUUGCAUUAUGACAAUGUUAACGCGUGUUUUACGUUUUAGCGAUAGGUAAAUGACACUAUCUGGACAUAUGUACAUAUUUGAUAUAAAUUGAUGGUGUGGUUAGAUGGGGGAGUAAGUGUGGAAAUUUUUUUCUUAUCUCUUGCAUUUAUUGCAAUUUUUAUUACUACCUUUGUAUCAACAUAUGUAUGUACAUAUGUAUAUGUACUAAUACAGGCCCAACAAUUUCCAAGAAUCCUGCUUAUCAAACAUCAUUAAAUCACUUCUGUGACUCCCAAACUUU